GCAAAAGGUAGCGCAAUUUUACAUUCGCUUACAUCCGGGUAAGAAACCCUUAUUUUGAUUCAAUAACAGGGCUAAAUUUGUUUUGAUAAACAUGACCACAGCUGAAAAAGGAGACUACCUGUCGUUCGGAAAUAAAAAUUACGGUCUAAAGACUGUAAGAGAAUGGCAUGAACAUAACUUGGACGUCCUGAAAGGAGAUAUUAUCGAUACAACAGACAAGAACACGUCAAUAACGAAAAACUGCAUUGUUAAAGUGAACCAGACGUCCUGCCACGACUACAGCGAUAGCACAAGUCAGUUGAGGCAUAGAGCGAGACACAUUAAUUACUGGAAGGCUGAGUUAGAAAGAGCAAUACGAGACAUCGAUGCGGAAAUUAUAGUCCUGGAAUCACAAAGACAGCAACUCAAAAAUGCUAUGGAUACUUUGAAAAUACCAGAGUACAUCACUGAAGAGUGUCUUGAUGUCAGAGCGAACAGAAUGCAGUCAGAUUUGGUUUACGACGAACCCCAGGAAGCUUUAUUUACUGAGUCUGCUCUGAUAGAAAAUGUUAAGAGAUUGCACAGAGAAAUGCUUAGGGAUAUAGAGAAUCAGAUGGCGAUGAAUAUAGCGGCGAAGCAUGCGUUGGAAAGAGACUGGAGUAACAAAUAUUUGGCAUUUAAAUAUGAAAGUGAAAAUGCAGAGUUAGAAACUAAAGCCGUCAAUAUAAAGGAUUCAGCAGGAGCUACCAGACUAUCUGAAGGCCAGUCCAAUGUGCAGUCUUGGGAAUAUAAUACUGUAUCGACUUUGGACCAGUUUAAGAUAGCGAUGGAGAAAUCGCAAGCUUUGAGAGCUAAAGUCGAAGCGGCAUUGAUAAAUACGGCCAGGGAUCUGCGUUCACAAGAUAUCAAAGUAAACGAUGAAUUAUCCAAAAGAAUCGCGAGAACUGAACAAGUAAAAAUCGAGUUGGAGAAUCAGUUGCGUCUAACGUUGCAAAAAAUAGUUGAAUCUGAAAAUAUUUUGGAGACAUUGCACGACGAAAUGAUGAAGGUGUCGCAGCGGAUCCAGGUGGCUCAAACCAGACUUCAUACAAAGAACUACAGACCCAAUAUUGAGAAUUGCAGGGAAGGGUCCUUAGUUGGUCUUAUUGAAGAGGUAAAAGAUUUGAACGACAGCAUGACCCUCUUGCAGAAACGUUCAUUAGAGACUGAGAAGUUGAGGGCUGAAUUGAUUCACGAACAAGGAAGGCUGGAGAACGAGAUUAUCGUUAAGAAGAAAUCUCUUUUCUGCGAUAAUGAUAGGUGUUUGUUCCUUCGCUCCCACUAUCAGUCUGCAGAGAAGAUGUGUGGCUUUUAGGAG